AUGGCAAAGCAGUGUAAACCCAAGAAGACAUUUGGAAAAUACAAAGAUUAUCACAGUAGAGAUGUCUUCAGUGAAAUAAUGAUGGGCGGAAAUACCCCAGGUAAUUAGCUCAAUUACCAGCAUUGGCUGUUUCUCUAGUUGUUCUCCAGAUGGGUUUGGCUAUAGCUCUUUAUAGAGGGAACUGCUAUGUACACAAUCAUCCCCCCAGCCUUGCCACAAAGAGUGUUGCACCACAGAUUCAAUCCAAUCCAAAUUCAUUUAAUCUUAAUUCAGAUACCAUGUAUGCUUAUGCUUUCAUAAUCAUUUAAUCCUGUCUACACUUUGUAUGGCAACAGAACUUUUGAAUUCAAUAGGACUUAGUGCGGAGUUUCCAUGGUUAGAAAGCUGCUAUAAAAUCUAUGCAGGGAAGCACAGGUUUGCAUUUUGUGAUUUAUCUCAAACCCUAGUUUGGAAAACACCCUGCCAAAAUUCUCAUGGCUUUGCUUAGAGAAAUACAGUCAGAGUCUCUCCUGGGAACCUGCAUGUUCUCAAAUCAUAAGUUUGUAUUAGCAUUAUGUGCAAACCUGCUCUACAGCAGUCAUUCCCAAAUAGUGCCCUGGGAGUGUUGCUACUAUAUUUUAAGAAUCUAUUUUCUUUAGUCUUCUAGAAGUUUGGAAAAUGCUGGUCUGGAAAAGUAUGAUUUGGUGUGUGUGCUUAAUAGCAAUGACAUUUUGUCAUGUUUUUCAAAAAAGUUUUGUAGGAGACAGUAAAUGGAAUCAUGGGUGUCCGUCUAAUGGACUUGCACAGUUACAGUCCCUACUGCAGCAUGGAUCAAGUACUUUGCACACACCUACUGAUUUGUACAGCUGUCAAAUGAGAGGGGAAGCCUCUUCGUUUGCCAUGAGUUCGAAUGAACUUGCAACCAUGUCUGCCCUUAAGAGUUCAUUUGGCAAGAUCCAUCAGCCAGGCUUAGGUGGUGGAAUCAAUGAAUGGAUAAAGCAAUUUCAACCAAUCUGCUUCUGCUUAUUUCCAGUCAACUCCAGCUGUAGAAAAGCCUUCCUGCUUUACAUUAACACAAAACAGUUAUACAAUAUAUCACCAACUCAACAGUAGCAAAGUACUUGGUAACAGAAUGGCAUGUAGUGAAGCAAGACGUUGGGAUAGUAUGCAAGACUCUUGUGACUCAAGAACAUAUCCGGAUAGCAUCAUCUCACAGCUUCCUUCAAUAAACCACCAAGAGAAUUUUCCCUCUUGGUAUGGUGAUGGGCCUGGGAGUGGUAAUCAGAUGUCUGUACCUUCUUUUCUUCAGAAAGUGGUGGACCUGGCUGGCCACAACAAUUGGGCUUCCAGCAAUCAAACUUGGAAGGUGAUCUGAGGCCUUAUCCAUCCUUUGGUGGUGGUAGCUCAUCAACAGCCAAAUACACACCUGAAUAA